GUAAGAGGUCUGAACCAUUAAGAGCUAGUAUAUUGCUUAACUAUUCAGAGGCAAAUGUCUGAUCAAUUCAGAUAAGAGGAGAAUGUCGAUGGAGGCACUGAGAAUGGGCAGGGUUAUAGGGGAUGUGGUUGACAGCUUCACCCAUGACCCAACCCUUAGAAUGGAAGUCACCUACUACUUCAAUAAUAGUAAUAACUUCCUCCCCUCCUCCGCCGGCGGCGGCCCUGCAGCGGCAGCUAAUAAUAGCUGCAGACUCUUCAAUGGCCAAGAGCUUCUGCCCUCUGCUCUCACUUCCAGACCCAGGGUGAUGACUGACCCAGAUGUUCCUAACCCUAGUGACCCUUACAUGAGAGAGCACCUCCACUGGCUAGUAACGGAUAUCCCAGGGACUACAGAUGCUACUUUUGGUUUGUGUUUGUUCUGUUCAAACAAAAACAAAGGCGGUCAGUCGCCGCCGCCCCACCGUCCCCCGCAAAUGAUUCGUGGGACCACUUCAGCACGCGGCGUUUCGCGGAGGAGAACGAGUUGGGUUCGCCGGUCGCUUGCGUCUUCUUCAUCGCCCAACGGGAGACCGCCUCCAGGCGCCGCCGCUGAUCGGAGCAGCAGAAUAUAGGGCAUGGCUAGCUGUUUUAGUUAAUUUCUUAUGGAGCAUUUCUUUAAUUUAAUUAUUUGAUGACCCCAUAAUAAAAUACUCCGUAAAAGACUGUAGUGAUGCACAUGUGACGUUGGUCAAUGUAUUAUUACUCCCAUGGCUUAAUUCCAAAUUUGACUUUUAACGUGAGGAAUGAAUUGAAAAAUGUUUG